UCUUCAUCAUUGAUAAUUUUUUCAGUAGUAUGUAAAUUUAAUUAUCUUCUAUUUAGCCCAAAUUUCGUUUCCUUAUUGUUCCGCUUAUUGUUUCCUUGCUUAUUGUUUCAUUUAAGGUUUCUUGUUGAUGCAUUUAAUUAUUUGCGGACACAUGGGCUGAAUAUAGAGGGUAUAUUCAGAAAGGAAGGAAAUGCAAAUAGAUUAAAAAACGCAAGAGUUAGUUUUCCUAUUUAUUUUGGUUGCACCGGGAUACCUGAGCAAUAUACAGUACACGACAUAUGCUCGCUUAUAAAGCGAUUUUUUAGAGAGCUGAAACUACCACUUUUUGCUCAGUUGCAAGGAAAGAUUUUCACAGAUUUUUUGAUAGAUAUAACAUCAAUGUAUGAAGGAAUGGAACGUAUAGCACAUUUACUCGAAACCGUUUUUUUAUUACCAGCCAAUCACCUCGCGACUAUUGUUUUCCUCAUGCGGCAACUGAAAUACGUUCGUUUUUUUAUUUUUUUUGAUUAUUUUAAUUUGUCUCUUUUUCGUUUCAUAAUGAAAAAUUUAAUAUUAAGAUAA